AAAAGGUCGCGAGCACUGCGCAAGUGUACUAACAAGGCGUAAGCGAUGUUAGUGUCAGCACAACAGUCGUAUUAGUUACGGCGCCCGUCACGUUACCGUGGCGAAAUGAGCACACGUAAUCAAGUGGGGGUGACGAGGGAAUGUCCGUACCACGGGGAGGGGGGCGGCCCGGCCAUCAGUGCGAGGUGAGAGGCGCGGGCGACGCGACUGCGCUUAUCACUGUUACCGCCAAAUAUACAAUCCCCCAUGCCAGUGAAAACAAAACCUUCUCUCGCGCGAAUAAGGCUGAGUCAUGGCUAUGGUGAGAGUGUAGACUAGUGACCUGUGAGAGUUUUCGCGGCCUCCUUUCCACAAUGGCGGAGGAGCAGAAUGUUGCCGACGACUUGAAGCGACAAGCUGCCAUGUUCUACAAUUCGACCGCCAGACAAGACGCCCCGGCGCAGCCGCCAACCCUCUGCUUCUGGCGCAAGCGGCGGCUGGUGGUGGCUCUUCUGGCGUUCUUCGGCUUCUUCAACGUGUACGCGCUGAGAGUGAACCUGUCGGUGGCCGUGGUCGCCAUGACCGAGCCCGUCGAGACCGUGUUGGAGAAUGGGACUGUUGUGUUUAAGCCGGAGUUCGAGUGGAGCUCGCAGACGAAAGGGCUGGUGCUGAGCUCGUUCUUCUACGGCUACAUCUGCACUCAGCUGCUGGGCGGCUGGCUCGCGGCUAAGAUCGGAGGUAACAGGGUAUUCGCCAUUGGGAUCGGUAUGACGUCACUGCUGACGCUUUUCACGCCGCCGCUGGCGCACACCAGCACCGCGCUGCUGGUCGCUGUCAGGGUGCUGGAGGGACUGUUUGAGGGUGUAACAUACCCGUGCAUCCACGCAGUAUGGGCGCAGUGGGCGCCGAGCAACGAACGCGCCAGGCUAGCCACCUUCGCAUUCAGUGGAUCUUACGCCGGCACCGUAGUAUCCAUGCCUGUGUGCUCCCUACUGGCACACUACACUGGCUGGCCAGGCAUAUUUUAUGUUUUCGGUCUUCUUGGUCUAAUUUGGACGACGGUAUGGUGGUUGGUGGUGAAGGAAUCACCUGAAAAGGAUCCUCUCAUAACACCGGCUGAAUUGAAAUACAUACAAGAGUCCCGCGGCUCGCACUCUCUAGAAACUUCCAAAGUGCGUCACCCGUGGCGACGCAUGCUGGCUUCUGGCCCGGUUUGGGCCAUCGUGGCCGCGCACUUCGCCGAGAACUGGGGCUUUUACACGCUGCUCACCUUCCUGCCUACAUUUAUGAAGGACGUGUUCAAGUUCGAGACAUCACAGACGGGCUGGCUGGCGGCAGUACCAUAUUUGGCCAUGGCCAUAGUUUUACAAGUGGCCGGGCACUUGGCCGAUUGGCUGCUCAGCAACGGGAAACUAUCACGGACCAAUAUUAGGAAGCUGUUCAACUGUGGAGCGUUUUUGGCACAGACGGUGUUCAUGGUGUCAGCGGCGUAUGCCACAUCUGUGGUAGGCUGUGUGGCGUGCCUCACCAUCGCCGUCGGGCUCGGCGGGUUCGCCUGGGCUGGGUUCGCAGUGAACCACCUGGACAUAGCGCCGCCUCACGCCGGAGUCCUCAUGGGCCUGUCCAACACCGUGGCCACGCUGCCCGGCAUCAUCAGCCCGCCGCUCGCCGGCUCUAUAGUCACUGAGAAUACGGCGGAACAAUGGCGGGCCGUGUUUUUCAUCACUAGCGCCAUCUACCUGAUUGGAGCGGUAAUUUACGGCGUGUUCUGUUCAGCGGAAAAGCAACCUUGGGUCGUAGAGAUUAAGAGCGAACCGAGCUUCGACACUGACGCCACUUCGGUCACUACGACGCAAGAUAGAACUAAUUUCGCGUACACAAAUAAGGCUAUGGACAGCAAUUCAGAGAUGUAAUGUAACUGAGUAAUUUAAUAAUUAAGUUUGUAUAUUUUUGUGAUAGUUUAGCUCUUUGACAUUUGCGUGUUUCAUAAUUUUUGUUAUUUUUUCUAACUAUCUGUAUAUAACUGGAUUUUUAUAAAUAAUUUUGUUUGUACCUGUCGGCUAUAUACAAAUGAGGGUUGAAUGAGUUUUAGCUGCCUAUCAAACGCUUCCGUCCGUUAAUUAACUUAUUUCGUAUAUUUUACUCAACUUCUUAUUUCAACAUCAUUCAUAUCAUCAAACGGCGUAAAACAUUCCUUGACAGAGUUAGUGUAAAUAUAGCACAUAUUUUGCUUCGAAUGUAUUGUAUAAAAUAAUAGUAAGUACUCUUCUUCGUAUAAUAAUUUUAAAUUUUCAUAAAUUUUAAAUGUAUAGAGUGUAGUAAGCUAUUGUAAAUUCAUAGGUAAGGCUUUUUAAUGAGUAGAUAGUUCCUUUGUAAUGUUUGUUGUGAGUACCUAUUUAGUCCAUAUUAAUUUUAUCCGGUAGUUAAAGCUAUUUUAUUUUAGGGCUAAUUUUUCAAUGUCAAUGUCAUGCUCUAAUGCAAACAUUCAGAUGCGACAGCAUCAGAAUUAUUAUUCCCAUGAUAACUUUUAUCUGACUUCUGAAAAAUUAGGCCUAAAAUCUGUACGUAUACAUACAUCAUAGUUAACUUGUAUACAGCUGAUAACUAUAUUUUUUUACCGCUAUGCAUUUCCUGCCGUAAAGUCUAGCACAAAAGAUGACUGGCAUUUUGCUGUCUGACAAAAUUAUAAAUUAUAUUUAGUAAUUUUCAUUAUAUUGUACUUUAACUAUUCAAUCAUAAAUGUAAUGAUUCCUAUCUUUAGUAAGUACUUAUAUCUUAAAGAUCUGAAUGUGAUGUCUGCUAUAUCUAAGUGACAAAUUAAUAUUUAAGAAAUAAAUGAAUUAUUUCCAGCAGCA